UUUUAAGCAUUGGAUUUUUUGUUACGACCGUCACAACAACAAAAAACACAAAAAAACUUGUAAAACUUCAAGUAAAAACUAUGUAACUCAGGAAAUAUUAAUAUCAGUAUGUGCUAAAUACACACACCAAAGGAUUUUUUUUUACCAUGUCGUUCACCCCAUAAAGUCUGACAAAGUUGUUUUGUUCAGAAGUGGUAAAAAGACAACAUGAGUUCUAUUUACCAUGAAAAACAAAGAUCACAAUUAUGUGCUGUACAUGCUAUCAAUAAUUUAUUUCAAGAUGGUUUAUUGUGCAGUAAAAAUAAACUUGAUAAGUUAUGUCUUCAACUCGAUCCUUCAGUAUUAAUGAACCAACACCGAAGUAUGUUUGGUACAGGAAAUUAUGACAUAAAUGUUAUAAUGGUUUUUUUAAAUGACCAGGGUUAUGAUGUAAUUUGGUUUGAUAAAAGAAAAACUUUGAAUGAAAUCAAUAUUGAUGAAAUUGUCGGCUUCCUGGUCAACACACUUUCAUCAUAUAAAGUUUUUGGAAGAUCUAUUAAUUUGUUUUUGUUUAAACAUUGGUAUGCCAUUCGAAGUUUAAAUGGUAUUUAUUUUAAUCUGGAUUCAAAGCUGCAAUCUCCAAUGAAGAUUGGUGAUAGAGAUUCAGUUUUAAAGUAUCUUAAUGAAAUUAUUAAUGAAGGUCAUAAUGAACUAUUGAUAGUUGUAAAGAAAGGUAGUGUAGCCUAAUGGCGUUGUUUCUUCAGAUGGUUUGGCAUCAGUGAUCUAUAUAAUGGUAAUGGUUUAGCAUAGUUCAUUGGGAGUUAAAGUCAAGAUAUGACUUUCUGCAACAGGCCCUAAAUUGCCUAGCAAUAAACAUUGAUAAAAACAAUAUAUAUAUAUAUAUA